AUUUUGUUCUCGUCUAUUUUUUAAUCUCUUAUAAACGUAAUUUUAAAAUAAUUCAUUUAGAAGUACAGUGAAUAAUCGUGAAUAUUUUUACUAUUUAAAUACAUUUUGGAAUUUAAAUAAUUAAAAGUUAAACUGUUGAGCGUGACGUCACGUCGCUUUGAACGUUGAGUGGCGCCACAGAGAGUGCAGAGGUUAGCUUGUUGGUUGCUAACCUCUAACUUUCCACAAAUGCAUGCAACUUGAUUUUACUUAAUUUAUAGUCUAGUAAGGCUAUACACGUCCAUAUUAGUUAUUUGGACGACAUUUUUGACCUCAAAUGGAGGCGUGUAUGGGUACUUUGCUGAAUUCGGACCUCGGCUCUGUGCUGUCUGCAUGCGAACCGGAGCUCCAAGAACUGAUGCGGCAGAUCGAUAUUAUGAUGAGCCAGCAGAGAAGCGAGUAUGAGGCGCAGGUGCGGGACCUCCAGCAGCGACUGAUGAGCGAACAGGAGGAGAUGAACUCCUCCAGGGUGCUUCUUCAACGCAAGGACCUGGAGAUCGGGGUUCUCCGCAAGCAACUGCAGGAGCUCCAGGCUGGACGUCAGGACCAGGCGACCAAGUAUGAGAAGCAACUAGGGAUUGUGAGCGAGGAGUUGGAAAAGUUAAAACGGAGUUAUCAGAAGCUGGAGCGCCGACGUAUGAGGAAGCCGCUAAAUGAGGAAUCAAAAUCCAAAAAGGAGGAUCCAUCUGAAGUCAGGAUGCUCAGAGAUAAUCUUGAGGAGUGCAAGCAGAAGUUGGUGGUGUACCAGCAGCACCUGGCAGAGUUGGAGGCCCAAAAGAAGAGUCUUAGUGAUGAGCUCACACAUGUCAAAGCCCAGCGCACCUCCGAAGUCCAACAUGCCACUUGCUGCAGCGACGUCCAGCGUCUGCGGGCUCAGCUGGAAAAAGUUCACCACAAUCUGCACACACAGGAAGUGGAACUCGGACGCUUACGAGCACUGGAGGACAACAGGAUGGCACACGAGGGCAGGGAGCUACAGGACAAAGAGGAGCAGAUUGCAAGGCUUCACAAUGACAUCAGCACCAUCAAACACAUGCUGCACGACAAAGAUCAAGUCGUACGUUCAUUGGAGGAGUGUGCGGAUAAACUACGCGGGGAUCUGGCGAGGACGUCCGCAGACUUUGACUGCGCUCGUGCAUCUGAGGCUUACCUCAAUGGUGAAGUGAUAAAACUCAAAGAGAGACUGCAAGAGAUAAACGUCCAGCACGCAAAAUUGCAACAAGAACAUAAGGUGCUUCAGGAGGCCUUUGAUACUUCAGUAGCAGAUGCAAAAAAGCUGCGAGGGGAGCUGUCAAGGGCGGAGCAGCGGCACAGUGAAGAAAUUGAGGCCAUGAGGAAACAGGCAGAAAUGGCCCCCCUCGGGGAAAGCUGCGUGACUGGGCAGGACUGCGCGCAGCUGAGACCGCAGACCGCGGCGACAAAACGUCCCGGGUCGGCACCGCACGAUCUUGCCGGAGGCGAUCAGUCCAAUGCCGCUGCGGAGAGUGAGACAACAUCCUAUGACGGCGACAUCCAGCGUCUGUUCACCCAACUUCUUUCGUCGGGUUCUCACCAGCCAUCUGACGACGACUCUGCGCUGACCGAGCGCACUCCGGAGGGAUGCGACUCUGUCUCGCCACCGCGUGCAACAGUGUCUCGCUUCCUUGAGGAGGAGAAUCUUCGCACCAAGGAACUUCUGCACAAACUGGACACGCACAUCCUCAGCAUGGGCGAUGGCAACGCGGCCACCAUUGCCAAACGCCUCCUAAAGAAGUCCUCGUGAAAGGAUCUACAGGCAGUUUUUCGUUGCGGUCUGGUGAUGUCAUCAAGGUCGUAUGACCGGAUUGCACCCGUCCUGUGACUGUCCAGCCGGCCGACCCCCCUUGACCCCAAUUUAGCAGCUGCAUUUGCUAACAGUGAAAGUAUGUGUGUGAGAAGACGUCAGGACUUCAGAAGUUCCCAGCUUUCGUGAGAAAAAAAUGUUUUUACUUUUAUGUAUUUGUUAUAGAAAUUUUACAAAGUAAAAGUGGACCCGGGUAUAAAAAAAAAAAAUGCCACACACGGAGAGCCAAUGCUAAAUUUAGAAAGGAAUGUGACCUUCCUAUAGCGCUUGAUGGACUCCAGGGUUUUUAAGCUUCCUGUGUGUAUCUAAUGGGUCGUUCGGUUCACAGUUCACACGACUAAGUGAAAGCAGUGCAAUGUAAUGAGAGGAGAAAUGCAUAGCGUGUAUCGUUUUUG